AUGGAGCCCUUCGACGCGGAGCGCUUCGUAGACCGCCUGGUGGAGGACCCCGCUCCCACCGCGUGGGGGCGCGGGGGUUUGGUCGGGGGCGGCGGGCGCGUGUGGGAGGCGGCUGCUUCCUCGUCGUCAUCGGGUUCCUCGCUCGGUGGUGGUGCGGCGAAACUCUUCCAGCCAGUCUUCAAUUUUGACGAGCACCAGCCCUACUUGGUCGGCGACGGCGGCGGCUACGGCGGCACAGACAACCACCACCACCACCCACAGCAGCAGCAGCAGCAGCAGCAGAGCCAGGACAUGCCGAUGAUCGUGCCCCAUGAUCCCAUCCUCGACGCUAUCUUCACGCCGUGUCGGGCGGUGCUGCCGUCGACCCAUCAUUAUCAUCAUCCUGCCGAGGCUGCUCCCGUGGCGGUUACGUGUGGGUUGGUCAGAGUUCCAUCUGGAGGUCGGUUUGGGGCCGGCAAGAAGAACGAAAUCGCCGCUUUUCGCCCCGAGCUCCUCUACAACAUCCCGCCGCCGCCCCCGCCGGAGGUGUCGUACGCCGCCUCCCUGCAGGUGCCGAUGGCGCCGUUGCGGCAGCCGUCCGGCGGCCGCAGGCUUUAUUCUUCUUCUCCUCCUCGCGGCAGAGUGAUGAUCCAGUCAGCAGAACGUUCUCCGGCGGCAGCGGCGGCGCGGCUUGUUGCCGUCGCCACGUACUUGAACAAGGAGGAGAAUUCCAACAACAUUCCUGUGGAAUUUUCUCCCAGCGGCGGCGGCGGCGGCGCGAUGAACACGGCUGCUGCUACUACUACUCCGCUCACGGGAGCCGACGCACACUCCUCCCGCGAGUACGACGACGAGAGGCACGCGUUUCUCCGCCGGCAGGAGGCCGCGCUCGCCGCGGGGGCCCGGUACAUCACGGGCGGGGUCGUCGUUGAUCCCGCCGCUCGGUCGGCGGCGGUGGACUGGCUCUCGCGGCUGCACGGAGCGAAGACCGUGUGGGGCGACGGCGGAGGAGGCGUGCUGCUGCUAGGGCCGGCGGUCAAGCUCGCGGGCGCGGCGUGCCUCGUGCUCGCCUCCAAGUACCAGGACCAGCAGGCGGCCUCUCUCUGGGGCGUGGCGGCGGCUUCCAUCUCCAGCAGCAGCACGUCGUCGUCGCAGCCGCCGCUCCAUCUCGGGGGUGGCGCUGACAGCGGCGGCGGGGUCGGCGGCGGAGGCGGAGGCGGCGACUUCUUCGGCGUCCUUGGAGCCGGAGACAGCCUCGGCCUCGGCGGCGGCGGCAGCGGCAGCGGCAGCGGCGGCGGAGGCGGUAACGCAGACGUGCGCGCGGCGCGGAAGGAGCUGGCGGCGACGGAGAUGCAGGUGGCCUCCGCGCUGGGCUUCCGCCUGACGGUGCCGACCUCCCUGUCCUUCCUCGGUGUCUUCCUCCGCCGGGCGGAGGGGCUGGGGUACGUGCUGGCCGACGGCCCCGGGCGGGAGCGGGUGCGCAGGGAGGCCGAGCAGAUCCUGCUCUGCAUGCUGCGGGAGUCCUGCUCGCUGGAGCACCCGCCGUCGGCGCUGGCGGCCUCCGCCCUUUACUGGGCGUCCUGCGUGACCACUCCGGGAGCGGCCCCGCCGACGUCGUUCGCCUUCCUGGCGGUGACGGGCUACGAGCUGGAGCAGCUCUGCUGCUGCCUGAGGGACAUGGAGGCCGUGAGGACCGGGGGCGGUAGGCGCUACGAUGGCGCGGGCUCCUUCGCCUCCUGCUCGUCUCCGGCUGCGGGUGGUGCUGGCGGGGAGGGCGGCGGCGGCGGCGGCGAUUGGGCUGGAGCUGCGUUCCCGGAGCACGCCGACAACUCGCUGUUCGGUGCUGGAGGCGGGCACCCCGCGAUUGCGGCGCUGUAG